CUGCCCUGUCCCGUCCUGUCCCGCCUCGCCCCAGCUGCGGGCGCUGCGGCCGUGACGCGGGCGGGGCCCGGCCGGGCGCGGCUGAGGGGCCCCCGGGGGAGCUCCCGCGGCCUGGGCGCCUGCUCGGGGCCGAGGGGCAGGGCUGGCGGUGCGGCCUGCUCGGCGCAGGGGGGGCCGCCGGAGCCCAGCGCGGCCGUGUGCUCGCCGGGAAGGCCGCUGGGGCUGCGGGGAGCCGCCAGGGGGAAGAUGCUUUACCAGUGAAUGAGAACUUCUUGCUAUGGAUUUGAGGUGAAGAACUUCACUAUGGGUCAAAUUUCAAGCCAGACACAAACUGUAAUGAACAAGUUGCCAGAAAAAGUAGCAAAGCAUGCCUCUUUGGUUCACGAAAGUGGUUUCCUAACGUAUGAAGAAUUUCUGGGAAGAGUAGCUGAACUUAAUGAUGUUAUUGCAAAAUUGGCUUCUGGGCAAGACAAACAUCUGUUAUUUGAAGUGCAGCCUGGUUCUGAUUCUUCAGCGUUCUGGAAGGUGGUUGUUCGGAUAAUCUGUACUAAAGUAAAUAAAGCAAGUGGGAUCGUUGAAGCUUCAAGAAUCUUGAACUUGUAUCAGUUUGUUCAGCUUUACAAAGAUAUUACCAGUCAAGCAGCAGGAGUUCUUGCACAGGGAAGUACUUCUGAAGAAACUGCAGAGAGUUUGAUGUCUGUAUCAUCGUGCCAGGCCAGCUUAUGGAUGGGAAGGGUCAAACAACUGACAGAUGAAGACGAAUGUUGCAUCUGCAUGGAUGGACGUGCUGAUUUGAUCUUGCCGUGUGCUCACAGUUUCUGCCAGAAGUGCAUUGACAAAUGGAGUGAUCGUCACAGGAGCUGUCCUGUCUGUCGUCGCCAAGUGACUGGGGCAAGCGAUUCUUGGGUGGUUUCAGAUGCACCUACAGAAGAUGAUGUUGCUACUUACAUCCUUAACAUGGUAGAUGAGGCAGGCCAGCCUCACAGACCCUGACACUGGUCAAUAAGCUGACGGUAGUAGAAGCACUUGAAGCUUUUGUUUUCACGAACAUCUGGUUUUACCUCUUGUUGCCAUUCUUCCAGUCUUUUAUUUCUCUUCUUGGCUGCUGUGGAUCUAUGUUGCUCUUUUAAAACACAGGAUGUAUGAGCCAGUGUAUGUGUUUGCAGUCUUAAUUAUUAUUCUGUACUUUCAGUGAAUUCUUUAACCAUUAACAACAGUUAUUUUAACAGUAACUUUUGAUAUUAAUUAACAAUUUGACUACUAGAUGAAGCUGUUAGUAACAACACAGUUACAACUGCUAACUGCUGUUUGAACAUCACAGUGUACUGUUACUGAAGAUACACCAUGUUAGAUGGAUUGACCUCACAGUUCUUUUCCUUAAAAGCAGUCCCUGUUAUGUUCGUGACAAAUACGAAUAAAGAUGAGUUAGGACUAGUGAUUACUGAUUUGAAAUUUUACUGCUGAAACUUGAAGAUGUCACAUUGCCUAUUCUUCAGUAGCCAGUCUUGCUGUUUUUAGAGUUAACAGAUACCGAUUUCUAUCUGUUCUGCUACAAGUUUUAGUAUUAAUUACUGUUAUUCUUCUAACUAGAUAAUCUCUUAAAGUAUUUAUUUUUAAUUGGAUAUUUAGCAUAGUCUCAUUAUUUUGAAAACAUAAAAGUUUCACACACAAUCCUAAAAAAGUAAAUCGCUUUCUGUAUUUUUUUCAUCAAGAACAGUCAGAAUUAUUUUUAAACAGGCAUAUCUGAAAGAAAUGACUUUAUUUGAAUUAGCAGUUAAGGUGCAGUUUAGUCUGAUGCUGUGGUUUUAUUUGCUUCUCCUAAGUUUUCCAAACUGAUAAAACUAGGUACACUGAGGAUUACAAGGUGAUAAUCUAGGUAAGUGAGGUGCUGUGCUUUCUAUCUACAAGUGCAAUAUGCUUUUAUGUAGCAGAGAGAAUCUUCUACUUUGAUAAUAGUUAUGUUUGCAGUGAGAUAUGCAUGUGACAAUGUGGGAAAAGGGAUAUUAUGACUGGAGUUCAGCAGUGUAUUUCUGUCUAGCAGAGUUAAAUCUUUAAAGAGCUGGGUUUAGAUAGUCUAAAACAAAUUGUCAUCAUUAGUAUUCAGGAAACCACAUCUUAAGCCUCUCUGGCUUAAAUAAUAUUGUGGCAACCAACUGCUGUUGUGAAGAAUGAAUUAAUGAAUAUAUUUAACUCUUUUAACUCGAGGCUGUUGAGAACUACUCCACUGUAUCAUUUGAGGGAAUAUCAGCAUAUAUCUUGCUUAUUCUAAGACUGUAUUUUUAAUUGCCGUACUUGUUCAAAUUUGAUGAUGCCAUAAGACUAAGGCCUUUUAUCAGAGAGUAGUUCUCAACUGCAAGGUAUGUACACACACAAAUAAGCACAUUUGGGUUACUUUUCUAAAUUGGCUAAAAAUAAUUGAAUUAUGUCAAUGACCAAAUUUGGGGAAUUCCUCUGUUAUACUUCUAUUUGCUAAGGAAUAUGCACAUCAUAGGGCAUCCGUUUAAGCUUGGCUUGUGGCACAGUUGUCAAGUUUAUCAUAAACAUUUAGACAGAUAAGCAACAUACUCCUGUUGUGGUUAUCAUCUAAAAGCCAAUAUGGCUUAUGUAUAAAUCUCUAUUUAACUAUUUAAAAAUCCAUUUAUGAACUAUUUUUAGAACCAGUUUAGAACUCUUUUUUCCCAUUUGUUAAUCCUUUGAUAUCAAUGAGGUAUUCUUCAGAAUAUAUAUGGACUAUUUGGUUACAUAAGGGCAGUUAUUUGGGCUGAAAAUUACAAUAGUCAGGGAUUUUCCACUAAAAUAUUCACAAAUGGUUGUAAUCGUAUUCCAGUUUGGUUUCAUUUUGCUUCUUGAGCUUGCAUUACUCCAUAUUAAGGACUUUAAAGUCACAUUUGAAUUUUAAAAGCUGCUUUUUUUAUGUCACUGGAACAGAAAAAGCAUCUAAAUUUGCUUCAACCUAACUUCAUUUUUCAAGUAUUUUGAAAAUUGUACUUCUAAACUGAGAUUUUAUAAGUUAACUUCCUGCUGAGAACUUACAUGAACUUCAUAAAAUAUAAUUUUGUAAUGAAUGCAAACAGGUUGUUAAUUGUAGCAUAAUGACACUUGCAAAUACAAUAUAAAAUAUAAAAUUAUGCAAAAAAUAAUUAAAUAGUGAAAAGUAAACUUUGUAUUCUGUACAGCUUUUUUAAUUAAGUUGCUUAUAAUUCACACUGCUGUGAUGUAGGUACCGUAACGUGUGCCUUGUAAAAUAUAUGUACUGUAUGUUAGAUGGAAUAAUAGGUAUAUUAACACUGAAAAAAUAGUAAUUUGGUACAGUUGGUAUUUCCUAUUCUGAAAUAUAGGUAGCAACCAAUUUUGGAAAAGGAAUCACACUGGCAGGGACAUGGCAGUGUGUUCCAGAAGCUAGACCUUAAAAUGUGAAUUAAUAUGAAUAACUAUAGGUGGAGGGCAUUAGAACUGAAUCUUCUUGUGCUAAAGUGAAGAUUUCUUACAGAUUUAAAGUGAAAAUAUAAUUUAAGUAUUAUAGAUUGUAUUAAUAGCUAAGUACAUUCCAAUAUAUUAAAAUUUGUGUAUGAAUUGUGCAAUAAAGUUACUUUGGAAGAAAUACCAAGCUUGAAGAAUCUCUUAGCUUUAAUACCACAAAAGUCUGGAAACUGAAUUUUAAUCUGUAUCCAAUUCCGUCAUGCAGAUGGUAUGGUUAAAUGUCAUAAUGAGUCAGAGGUUUCUCAAAUGUUAAAGUGUGGUAUUAGCAAGGUAGCUUAAACGCAUCUCUGCAGAAGGACUCGCUGUUUCUUCAUUUUUCUCAAAAAAAAAAAAAAAAUUGGAACGUUCUGCAGUGGUGGAAACAAAUCUCUGCUUCUCAAAAGGACAGUAUCAAGCAGGUUUUUUUGUUUUUGGGGGGGAUUAUUUUUUUCAAGGAAUUGUGAUUUAUUUUGUAUGCAAGCUAGUCCAUUGUGUUUUUGAUAAUAAAGUUUAAGAAUGAUAA